GGAAGAGGCUGCCCGUUUCUGCCUACUCCAGGGCUCUUGACGCCGUGCCAGCCUGCCACCUACCCCUGCUGGCCCCCCGGGCUCCGCAGCUCAGCGUCUGAAGCGCCCCCUGCCACAGAGGCAGAAGAUGAUUCCUUUCUCCGGUGGUUGCUGCUGCUCAUUCCGGUCACCGCCUUCGGCCUGGGCACUUGGCAGGUUCAGCGUCGGAAGUGGAAGCUGAAGUUGAUAGCGGAGCUGGAGUCCAGAAUUAUGGCCGAGCCCAUCCCCCUGCCAGCAGACCCAGCGGAACUGAGAAGUCUGGAGUACAGGCCAGUGAGGGUCAGGGGGCACUUCGACCACACCAAGGAACUGUACAUGAUGCCUCGGACUAGGGUGGACCCGGCCCGGGAGGCCCGGGAGGCUGGCCGGCUCUCCUCCUCAGCAGAGACUGGUGCCUACGUGGUCACCCCCUUCCACUGCACCGACCUGGGAGUCACCAUCCUGGUCAACAGAGGCUUUGUCCCCAGGAAGAAAGUGAACCCUGAGACGCGGGAGAAGGGCCAGAUCCAGGGAGAUGUGGACCUUGUUGGCAUGGUGCGGCUGACAGAAACCAGGAAGCCUUUUGUGCCCGAAAACCACCCUGAGAGGAACCACUGGCACUACCGGGACCUGGAGGCCAUGGCCAGGCUCACGGGUGCAGAGCCCAUCUUCAUUGAUGCAGACUUCAGGAGCAGUGUCCCUGGAGGCCCCGUGGGGGGGCAGACCAGAGUGACCCUGAGGAACGAGCACUUGCAGUACAUCCUGACCUGGUAUGGGCUCUGCGCAGCCACAUCCUACCUGUGGUGCAGGAAGUUCCUCCACCGGACCCUGGUGUGACGAUGAGGCCGCCCAACACGGCAGCCUCCAGGACCUCUGGAGCCCAGUUCUGGAUUGCGCCGCGCUGGGCCACUGCCGAGUCAAUAAAUCGACCUGCCC